GGCCAGCUAUGCAAUGUCAAGCUAGGACCUCACUGGCAGGAUGAGGGCUGGAUGCCAGCUGGCUGGGCCAUCGUGUGUGUAUAAAAGAACUGUCGUCUGAUUGGUCUUGGUAUAAAAGGCAGACACAACAGUGGCUCUGGCAUUAUUUCGACCAGUUCCUCGAGUUCGUGUACAAAGCCACCGAAUCGAAAAGCACACUGCGAGUGCGAGAUGCAUAAUUCUGCAGUCGUCCUGCUAGUCUCAGCAACCAUCCUGCUUGGUUGUCUAUUUGCAAACACCAGAGUCACCGCUCAGUCACCCACGAGCAAUGAAUGUCGAGACGUCAUCUGCGACAUCCCCAAGUGUGGCUCGGUGGGCAUCAUGUGGCCCAGCUGGCAGUGCUGUCCAAUCUGCAGGGACCCCUGCGAGGGGGUCGUCUGCCCCGAACCCAACUGCGAACCACACCUGAGGACACUGAGGAAGCCUGGGAAGUGCUGUGUGGACUGUUUGAGCAGCUAAGAGCUCGAGACCGCACCAACUUGGCACUGGUCAUGUUCCAAUCUCCCCUCACACAAUUCACAUCAGUAUAGGCAACAUCUUCACUCUCUCACAUUGUCACUGUCAUAGAACUAUAUAAACCAGACAGAUAUUACAAUUGCUGUGACUAUUCAUAUAAUUGUCCCUCAU